GCGUGCGUGAUGACGCAUGUUCUUGCGCAGAGAGAUGGAGGCCUUUGGGUGACUGCAAGAGAGACGCGAAAAGAAAGAGACCGGAGAAAUUCCCAAAACAAUAUCGGAGCGCAGACAAGUUUAUACCAAGGACUGUGCACAGCACCAGGGACCGGCCCAGGAGUACCUUCCCGGGGACAGAGUCGCAUAUAGAGUGGGUGUGCUGACCCAGGCGACACCAUGGCGACAGAUAUCUCCUCCCCGCCCCGGUUCUUCCACAUGCCACGGUUCCAGCACCAGGCUCCACGGCAGCUUUUCUACAAGCGACCCGACUUUGCUCAGCAGCAGGCCAUGCAGCAGCUCACCUUUGACGGGAAGCGCAUGAGAAAGGCAGUGAACCGCAAAACCAUUGACUACAAUCCUUCUGUCAUUCGCCACAUCGAGAAUCGUUUAUGGCAGAGAGACUAUCGAGAUCUCCGAGUCAUCCAGCCUGAUGCUGGCUAUUACAACGAUCUUGUUCCUCCAGUGGGAAUGCUAAAAAACCCAAUGAAUGCAGUCACCACCAAGUUUGUCAGAACUUCUACCAACAAAGUCAAGUGCCCUGUUUUUGUCGUCCGGUGGACCCCUGAAGGUAGGCGCCUGGUUACUGGGGCCUCCAGUGGAGAGUUCACACUAUGGAAUGGACUGACCUUCAACUUUGAAACCAUUCUACAGGCCCACGACAGCCCUGUGCGAGCCAUGACCUGGUCCCAUAAUGACAUGUGGAUGCUGACAGCAGACCAUGGAGGCUAUGUGAAGUACUGGCAGUCCAACAUGAACAACGUCAAGAUGUUCCAGGCGCACAAGGAGGCGAUUAGAGAGGCCAGUUUCUCACCCACGGAUAAUAAAUUUGCCACUUGCUCCGAUGAUGGAACCGUUCGCAUCUGGGACUUUCAGCGGUGCCAUGAGGAGAGAAUCCUGCGAGGGCAUGGAGCGGAUGUGAAGUGUGUGGAUUGGCAUCCUACAAAAGGGUUGGUGGUUUCAGGGAGCAAAGACAGCCAGCAGCCAAUCAAGUUCUGGGAUCCAAAGACAGGACAGAGCCUCGCGACUCUACACGCCCACAAGAACACUGUCAUGGAGGUGAAGUGGAAUCUGAAUGGUAAUUGGCUGCUCACUGCAUCACGUGACCACCUGUGUAAGCUGUUUGAUGUGCGCAACCUGAAGGAGGAGCUACAGGUCUUCCGGGGGCACAAGAAGGAGGCUACAGCCGUGGCCUGGCACCCGGUACAUGAGGGCCUCUUUGCCAGCGGAGGCUCUGAUGGGUCCCUGCUCUUCUGGCACACUGGUGUUGAAAAGGAGGUGGGGGGCAUGGAGAUGGCCCAUGAAGGGAUGAUUUGGAGCUUAGCCUGGCACCCACUGGGCCACAUUCUUUGUUCUGGAUCCAAUGACCACACUAGUAAAUUCUGGACUAGAAAUCGCCCUGGGGAUAAAAUGAGGGACCGAUAUAACCUGAACCUCUUAUCGGGAAUGUCAGAAGAUGGGGUGGAGUAUGAAGAUAUUGAGCCCAACAGUAUGGCUGCCAUCCCGGGAAUGGGGAUCCCAGAGCAGUUGAAGAUGGCCAUGGAACAAGAGCAAACUGGUAAGGAAGAGCUGGAUGAAGUGGAGAUGACAAUCCCUGGUCUGGACUGGGGGGUGGAGGAGAUGAUGCUGAAGGAUCUGAAGAAAGUUCCUCAGAAGAAAGUGCCCUAUGCCAAGCCCAUCCCAGCACAGUUCCAACAGGCUUGGGCAGAGAACAAGGUGCCAGCACUGCCCCCUGGGGAGGUCCCGAAAGAGAGGAAGGACGAGAAGAAGGUAGACUUGAAAAAGAAAACGCAAGCAGAAAUUGAGCAAGAAAUGGCAGCCCUACAGUACACCAACCCACUACUCUUAGAGCAAAUGAAGAUUGAACGGAUGGCACAAAAGCAAUCGGAACAGGGGCCUCCCCCCCUACAGGGUGCUAUGUCCAACUUCCCAGGUCAAGGGCCCAUGCCUACUCCUCUACAAGGCUUCCAGUCUUCCCUCCCACCACAGCAGAUGCCCCCCAACAUGCCUCCUAUGGGUCCCACUGGCCCACAGGGACCUUUUAUUCCCCCGGGACAAAUGGGCCCCCCUGGACCCCAGCACCACCAGGGCCCCCCAGGCCCACAGGGCUUCAUGGGUCCCCAAGAUAUGCACGGGCCCCAGGGCAUGCAGAGGCACCCAGGCCCUCAAGGGCACAUGGGGCAUCAGGGGCCACCAGGGAUGUCUGGCAAGGGAAUGCACGGGCCUCCUGGAAUGCCCCCUGGACCCAGAGGGAUGCCUGGACCACCUCUGGGUGGAAUGCAGGGACCUCCAGGAGGCAUGAUGGGUCCCCCACCCCGUGGAAUGGGGCCACAAAACAAUCAGGCACCCCAUCCCCAAGGAGGCAUGAUGGGCCCCCAGGACAUGAGAAUGCCUCCAACACAGGGAGGUAUGAUGGGCCACCCGCCACCACAGGACAUGAGGGGACCACCCAUGCAAGGGGCAAUGAUGGGGCCUCCUCCUAUUGGGCCACAGGGACAGCAGAACCCCCCUAGGGUAGCCCAAGUCUUGCAUGGACACAGCAACAUGCAAGGAUCUGGGGGCAUGCAUGGGCCUGGGCACUUAUCGGGGCCAGGAAGCAUGCAAGGACCUGGCACUAUGCAGGGACCACCCACGUUCAUGCAGCAAGGCAAGCCGCCCCUGUUGGGUGAAGGGCCCAGACCACCAUUCAGCCAGGGGGGACAGACUCAAGGGCCGCCUCCAUUGAUGUCUGGAUUGGUGCAGCAGGGACCAGGUCCCAACAGCAAAGGAGACUCUCGUGGCCCCCCAAACCACCACUUGGGAGGACCUCCGGAUCGUCGGGGCCCUGAAGGAGGUAUGGGUCCAGACCAGGCCUCAGAGAGGGGAGCCUCUUAUUGGGGGGAGACCCGUGAUAGCCAUCGAGGCCCAGCCCCUGAAUUUGAGGGUCCGGAUGAGCGGUUCCACCCACAGGGAGGGGAGGGCUGGCGGCAGCAGCCCACGCAGCAGCAGCCCCAGCAUGGACAGAACCAAGAGUUCCGAGAUGGGGAUGGGCGGGGCCACCACAGGGGUGGGCCCCAAGGUGGCUGGGAGGGGCGAAGGCACUCUGAAGAAAGGUUUCCACAUGACGGCGAGGAUCCACGGUACAGGGGCCGCCGAGAAGAAAGGUUUGAGAAGUAUGAGGCACCCGAUGAGGAAUUCGACCCACAGCAGCAGCAACGACCAAGAGAGCAGCAAAGGCCUGGACGGCACAGCCAGGAGUUUGAGCACGAGCAGGCUGAUGAAUCGUUCCAUAGAGGGGGAACCUCUCGACAGGAGGGUCGAGCUGGGCGGGGCUACUCGGAGCAGUUUGUCGGCAAGGAUUUCGAGGAGGAGAAAGGAAGGGGUUGGGAUGCUGGAGGAAGAGGGCGUGGCCGCGGAACACAAAGAGGAGGAGGGCGGAAGGGUCUGCUUCCUACUCCAGAUGAGUUCCCGCCUCAUUUUGAAGGGGGGCGCAAACCUGAAUCCUGGGAAGUAACACGAGAGCAGGGCAAUGAGCACUUCAGGGAUGGCUUGCUCCCAGAGCACUCUGCCCGGGACAGCGCCUCCCCGGCCAGCAGGGAGCGCUCCUCCUCUCUGCAGGGCAUGGACAUGGCUUCCCUCCCUCCUCGCAAGAGACCCUGGUACGACGGGGCCGGGACAGCGGACCCCAGGGAACGAGAUUCCCCAGGAGGGGCUCCUGAGGAGAGGCCUGCAGUUCGAGGAGGCGGCUCUUCCCAGCGCAACAUGAAACGGUCAAGCUCUCAGGACAGGGAGCACCACCGUGAGGAGGCUGGCUACACCCGCGGGGGAGGAGGCCGGGGCGGGCCUGGCUGGGGGAGAGGAGGAGGAAGGAACAUGAACAGCUCCCGUCAAUCACGGCGGGGUCCGUCACGUGGAUCUUCGAGAGGGGCACGAGGCCGGUAGGGCCACGAGAACUGGGACAAUGUUUCACCUCAACACCACUGAAAGGGACACAUGAGUCUGAACUGGGUGGGGAACCAGCAUCUUUCUGGAAUAUGCUACUGGGACACCUGAGGGGGGCUGGUCUGAUGCAGCCUGUCCACUAUAGGCAUGCACACAUUAGGGCAGCUCACACAGGUAUGCAGGGUGUACUCUGUGUGGGGGUCCAUCACGACCGAAGCCAAGCUGUCACUUCUUCAUUCAUGUAGAAUCUCUUUGCAUC